UCCUGGGCCUCUAUAUAAAGACUUGCUGCUCUUCCAUCAAUCUGAUUUCUUUGACAAGUCAAGAUGGCACCCAUCUGGCCCCUCUUCUGCCUGGCCUUCUUUAGCGCAGCCCAUGGCUGUGGUGUCCCAGCCAUCCAUCCUGUCCUCAGUGGCUACGCACGGAUUGUCAAUGGAGAAGAAGCAGUGCCUGGAUCAUGGCCCUGGCAAGUCUCCCUGCAGGACAGCACUGGCUUCCAUUUCUGCGGAGGGUCUCUGAUCAACGAAAACUGGGUGGUCACUGCUGCCCACUGCAACGUCAGGACAAGCCACCGCGUGGUGCUGGGCGAAUUCGACCAACGCAAUUCCGGUGAAGACGUUCAGGUCCUAAAGAUUGACCAAGUUUUCAAGAACCCGAAAUUUAACAUAUUCACCGUCCGAAAUGACGUCACGCUGCUGAAACUCGCCACUCCGGCCCGGUUGACAACCCGCAUAUCUCCGGUCUGCCUCCCUGAAGUGACCGAUGACUUCCCCGGUGGCAUGAACUGUGUGACCACUGGAUGGGGGCUGACCAAACACACAAACAAGGAUACUCCAGACAAGCUUCAGCAAGCGACUCUUCCCUUGCUGACAAACGAAGGAUGCAAGAAAUACUGGGGCAACCGCAUCACGGACGUCAUGGUUUGUGCCGGGGCCGCAGGGGCCUCCUCUUGCAUGGGUGACUCCGGUGGCCCGCUGGUGUGCCAGAAGAACGGGGCUUGGACCCUGGUGGGCAUCGUCUCCUGGGGCAGUGCCACCUGCUCCCCAUCCAGCCCCGGGGUCUACGCCCGCGUGACGGAGCUCCUUCCCUUCAUCGAGGAAACCCUGGCCAAAAACUCGUAGCCGUCCCCGACUAAGGAAGAAUAAAGCCAGCAA